AGACAGGGAGCGGGCCGCGGUCUGUCUGCUGGAAAUAAACUGGGAAAUGAGAACAGCCUAGUUCAAAUGGUCCAGUCCGACGUUCCAUGCAUGAGAAAGCAGUUGAUCGUAGAAAUAUAAACAAGGAGCACAACAGCAACUUCAAGGCUGGAUAUGUUCCUAUUGAUGAAGAGAGACUGCAUAGGACAGGAUUGAGAGGUCGUAAAGGCAAUUUGGCCAUUUGUGUAAUUGUCCUUAUGUUUAUCCUCGCAGUGAUUAAUUUAAUUAUUACACUUGUUAUCUGGGCAGUAAUUCGCAUUGGGCCCAAUGGCUGUGAUAGUAUGGAGUUUCACGAGGAAGGGUUGCUACGGUUCAAACAGGAAUCUGACAUGGGAGUGGUAUAUCCCAUGCACAAGAGUACUGUAGGAGGCAGAAGAGAUGAAGACUUGUUGAUCACUGGCAAUAAUCAACCAGUGGUGUUUCAGCAGGGAACAACCAAGCUCCGUGUAGACAAAGAUAAAACCUCCAUCACUAGUGAUAUUGGAAUGUCGUUUGUUGAUCCCCGGACCCAGAAGACUGUGUUUAGCACUGACUAUGAUACUCAUGAGUUUCAUUUACCCAAAGGUGUGAAGACACUGAACGUACAAAAGGCAUCCACAGAGAGGGUAACAAGCAAUCAUAGCACAGAUCUUCAGAUUCGUGCUGGUGACCGUGUGAUUGUGCGUGGGAAUGAAGGAGUCUUUAUCAUGGGCAAAACCAUUGAAUUUCGCAUGAGAGGUGAUAUGGAUCUCAAGGCUGUAAACAGUAUUAUUCUUAAUGGCACAGUGAUGAUUAAUACAUCACGGCUUCCAAGUCCAUCAACAGGAGAAUUCCUAGUAGAUGAUGGGUGGGAGCGCUAUAAACUCUGUAUGUGUGCAGAUGGAACACUCUUCAGAGUCCUGGUGAAAAACAGAAAUACAGGUUGUCAAACAUCUAACAAUCCCUGUGGAAUCAUUCACUGAAGAUGAAAGCAUACCAUGUACUGAGAAAUGAAGGGAUUGAUGAUAGUAUACUAACAUUCAUCUCUCAAAGAAAAUUUGAAGCCAGUUUAAUAUAAAAUAGUCAGUAUUCAUUUAUUUUAGUUACUGUCCCUUGUAACCAAAGUGCCUGAUUUAUUUUACCCAUUACAAAAAGAUACAAGAGUUGCAUAGUUUAGCAGCAGUUUGAACAAUGGCCUUUUGUUACAAACAAGAAAUAUUCAGGAAAUAAUCAAACUGGCAGGAAAAGUCCAUAGUACAGUAGAUAGAGUUGAGAAAAAUAACAUUGCAUAAAAUUAAUUAUGGUUGAGAACCAUUAAAAGUUCUACUCCAACUCAAAACAUUCUUAUACCAUUGUCAGUCAACAAAAAUUUAAAUACAUUAAUAUUGACAAUGCUUUCAAAAUAUAAAACUAGCUCCACUUCAUAUUUUUAAAGUUUGGAAACGAGCAUCAUGCAUUGACUUUAUAAAAUCCAUAAUAAAGUAAGUAGUUUAUAAUAAUUGUGGAAUUGGACUAGGAUUUACCCUUUUCCAAGACAUGUAAGUGAGCAAUACCAUUGCUUUGAAAGGUUAGAAGUGAACUUAUCUUUAAUACGUAGUAAACAUUGUCAAAAACCUAUGCAUCAGUACCUCUCGAUCAAAUGGUAAAUCUAUAGGGAAUCUAAUUUUAUCAUCCUAUCUGGAAGGGAGUAUAUAUUAUGCAUCUAAUUUUGCUAGUUUUCAAUGUACUUUACGAUCACUAUCACAAAUCCCAGGGUACAACAUUAGGGUUAUAAUUGAGGAGACCUAUGAUUCUAGUCCUAUUCAUUUUAACAAAGGAGAAUCACAAGCUUGCAAUUGCACAGCAGAAAAUUGUGAACACUUAUUUUCACACAUUUAAUUCUGGAAGCAAAAGAGGAAUACAGUGAACAAAAAAAAAAAUUGACAUUUGACUCAAUUUUGGGGAAGGUUGACAAUAAUUCCUUUGAAAAUGUGAACAAAAUUGAGUAAAAAUGGUUUUCGAACUACAUUCUAAUUUCUUUUCAAUUACUUUUACGCUUUGUAAACAGUGAUCUCUUUUUAACAUGUUUCUGACGUUUAUUUUAAGUGAUUGGAAAACUCAACUAGUUGAAAGCUUGAAUGUGGUUGUUAUUUUGCAUUUUUGGGGCAUAUUUUAAGUUGAGCUAAACAAAUGUCUAACCUUUAAAGCACACUUUUGACUUUUGGUUUAUCUUUGUAUUUCACCAACUACAAAAUAUUUUGUUAGCAAAGAAAAUGACAAACAGUUUAGAUGCCAAGUUAAAUUUUUUUUGAUGGCUUUCCAAAUUAAAAUUCAAAAUAAGGCUUGCUUGAGACAUUUUGAAAGAGUAACAUUUGUGACUAAAACUGGCAUUUGGAGAGACUGUUCAUUAAUAGCUAGUUACUUAUAGUGUGAAUACAAAGGUAAUUAAACUUCACUGCACCAUCUAACAGUGAUAUUUUAUUUAUUGAAGUUAGUUUUUUUGUAAAAACAGUGGAAAAUGAAAACUAGCAAAAUCAAAUUGAAGGAUGAGAUUUAGUGCUAUUGUUACUAAAGGACACAGGCUUAAGAAGUUGGUCAAGAUAUUUUGGAAUAGUGUCAUCCUGGUGUCCAUGUUGGACCUCAUCUGUGUAAAUGACUUAAUUCAUACUGCAUUCAAGCUGGGAACUUGAAGUUACACCUAACCAAUAUGAACAAGCAAGAAUGGCAAAAUGGGAACUAUAUGCUGAUCAAAUUUUGUUUAUGCACCUGCACAAUGAAAGUGUUAUUUUCAGAGUAGAUGUAAUUUUUUUGGAAAAAGUCACAAAACAGAUUAGUGUCCCUAUGGCCGAGUCUCAACAAGUGUCCAUUUUUAACAAAAAAAAUUAAGUCACUAAACUCAAGUUUGCAUUUUGUUUUAAGCAAAUGUAUUUUAGGCUUUGAGCUUGCUUGUUGAUUAGACAGCUAAUGUAGUAAAGAGUUACGAUUUAGGAAUCACUCCUGAGCAUUGCUGAACAAAAGAGACCGGUUACCAAAGCGCUUCAUCUUCCACUCAAGACCAAGACAUGAAACAGUAUCAACGGUUUGUAUUACUGGGGUAAAAAGAUGCUGAUUGGUUGGCACACUACUACAGCUGCUUAAGUGUAAUUAUUAUGAAGUAGAUACUUUGUUUUGGGUUUAGGAAGAUUACAGUCCUUGGGUGCAUAUUGGAUAGUUGAAAAUAUGCUGUAUCAUUUGACCCAAUCACUGGAAUUUGUAGCCUACAUAUUGAAUGUAUUGUCAACAUGCUGUUUCUGGUAUGAAUUGUGACCACUUUAAAUUGGACAUUCUUGCAUUUGUCUGGAGUGCAAGAUUAAAAACUUCAACAGUAAGUCACUUUUAUUUAAUUCAUUCAUGGAAUGUGGGUACCUCUGGCUAAAUCAGCAUUUAUUAAUUACCCUCUAGACAGUUAGGGAUAAGUAAGAGUCAGCUGCUUUGCUGUUGGUCUGGAGACACAGACCAGGUCAAGAUGAUAGCUAAGGAGUAAAUUACUGCUGAUGCUGAAAUCUGAACUGAAACAAAACAAUGCUGGAGAUCAGUGGAUCAGGCAGCAUACAUGGAGAGAAAAGCAAGCUAACCCUAAAGGAUAUUUUGAGGGCUUUUUUUCUGAUAGUCAACUCAUAGUCAUCAUUAGACUCUAACUUCCAGAUUUUUAUUGAAUUCAAAUUCCACCAUUUGCCCUGGUGGGAUUCAGAUGAGUGUCCCUACAUCAUUACCCUAGAUUCUCUGGAUUCACAGUCUGGUGAUAACACCAGUAGGCUGUCACCAUUCCUUUAAGCAGUAUUCAAUUCAUGUGCUACUGACUAUAUUCCAGAGUAUCUCCUCUUCAGUAUUGCAUAUGUAUUAAAUAAAUAUAGCUUUAAUGGUGCUUCUUUACUAUUCCCCUCUCAUAGACCAGUUUUACACUGAACAUGGUCAUAUUCAGAAACUAGUAGAAUAAUAAUCAGCUGUAACUUCUGUUAUUGAUACCAAGUGCUCAAAAGUAGCUGAUUAUUAUAAAAAGUUAAGACUUAAUAGAUCAAAUGUUUGAUCAUACUUCCAGCUAUUUAUGUAUCCAACUUAAAAGUGACAUUAAAUGUUGCAUGAUGCAAGGAAUUCAAUUUUAAACAGUGACAGAUGGAUUGCAGUUAGUGCUUAAAUUUACCACAUACCCAACUUUUUCUGCAAAUACAGCAAUAUUUUUUCAGAAGUUAAGACAAAGUUUGAACAUCACUGCCUCUUCAGUCUUUUGAAAUAGUUUUUAACUUGACCUUUCCUCCUUUUUCUCAAGAUGUUGGGAGCUGAAUUGAAUGACUAAUUAAUUAAGCAAAAUGUUUAUUUUAUUCAUAUUUCUGCAUCACCCUUUUUCAAAUGCUUGUAAAACAAUAAUACAUUUUUGAAGUUUGCUGAUUUUUAAGCAUGCUGAACUACAAGUUUUCAAUGUCAUCCACUAAGGCAAAUUUGUUUGACUGCUGUUCCUUCUCGGUCUUUACGACCUUUUAUGAAUGUACUUAA